UGCAGAAAAUGACAGAACACAAGCAAAUAAGCAUGGCUGCGAGCUGCAUCGCGCUCCGCGGCGUGAAGAUCUUUCUCAGCGCAGGCCGAGCCGCGGCGGCAAGGAAGGCUUCUUCACCACCAGUAGUGAGGCGCAAGCCUAAACCUGUGCUUGGGGCCAAGCCGCCGCAGAAAGUAUUCGAUGCUCUGCUUAAAAACACUAAGUUUAACAAGUACGAGCUGGAAGCGUUGUACACUAUGUACCGGAACCUGGUGACAGCCGCGCAAUCCGCAGCACCUGCCGGCAUUGGCCAACCAGCCCCGAAGACCGACGGCAUAGACCAGAGCACCUUCCGCGACGUAAUGCACAACACGUUCGACCUAGUAACCGAAGAAGCCAUCUUGGAGAGAAUCUGGGUGACUUGGGAGCGCCCUUCAGGGGGCGAGGGUGCCAUAAAAUUUGAAGCCUGGGCUAAAGGUUUGAGCCGACUGCUAAGGGGGACUGAGGAUGAGAGAAGAAUGCACUGCUUUGCGGUUUAUGAUGUUAAUGGAGAUGGCUGGAUUACAAAGGACGAGAUGUUUUUACUGUUGAAAAACUCACUCUUGAAGCAGCCAGGGGACGAAGACCCGGACGAGGGAGUGAGAGACCUUGUGGAACUGGUUCUUAAAAAACUGGACGUUGACAGAGACGGCAGGGUGUCCUUCGAGGAUUACAAACAAGCGGUGGAGCAAGAGCCCCUUUUGUUAGAAGCCUUCGGACAGUGCCUGCCUUCCAAGUGACAUUCGGCUGCCUUUCUUAGAACACUAGUCACUAAGUGA